CGAGGCAUUGCUCCAGCUUGAUGCGGAAGGAAAGGAGCUGGCUCACAGCGAAAAAUUGGCACUUGCCUUGUGCUUUUUGAAGACGAGUCCUGGUACCCCAAUUCGAAUAGUAAAAAACCUGAGGAUAUGCUGCGAUUGUCACGAUGCCAUGAAGAUGAUUUCCCAGGAGUUCGAUCGAGAAAUUGUCAUCCGAGAUUGCAAAUUUGAAACCCAUUUUAGGGAAGGUCGACUAUGCUCUUGUAAAGACUAUUGGUAUAUUAUAAGUAACACCUUCAUUUCUACAGUUUUACUUGACUCCCAGGAUAAAACAUCUACCAUGUAAGUUUGAUUUUCACCCAAAAAGAUAAAACAUGUCCUCACAUAAUUUAAGAGGGUGGACAUGUUGAAAUCAAAUGCCCUAAAAUAUCAAAUCUUGCGAGGCAAAGAUAUAGUUUCUAAUUUGUUUUAGCAUGACAUAAUUGUCUGAUUGAGAUGUUUGUUGGGCCUAAUCACAGUCUCUAUUUUUUGGUCUGGGUCUAAUGACGUUGUUAAGUUAAGCCACGCAAAGAAGACGAAUCACUGGGACCUGGGCAAAGAAUUAGUGCAACAAUUAUAGAAUCCAACCCAGAAUUUAAAGCUUCCUAUCCAAUCCAAUCCAUGCACGUUUGCGCUAUCCCAAGCUUCUCGGAAUUGAGACCCCGUGAGACCUGUGCCGCUUUUCAAAUUGACUCGUUCGUCACUCGCCGCAGGCAGGUCUCGCCGGUGAUUAUUGUCAGAUUCUAGAACAGUGCGAUUCGAAGGCGUUGGGGAUUAUAUAGAUAUAGGUCCUGCUACUUCUGUUUAGAUUUUGAGCUGUACGUAGUUUGAGCAAAUUAGCGCCAGGAAGAAUGCCUGAACUUUCCAGCACAAUUGGGCGGGAAACAUGUGGAAGCUACUUGAUUUUCGAGAGCGAAACUGCCCUCGGGAGUGGUGUCCGGGCAUUCUUAUAUGUUCUUGGUCUUGCUUACUGUUUCCUUGGAUUAUCAGCAAUUACUGCUCGUUUUUUCCGGUCCAUGGAGAGUGUUGUGAGCCACACGCGGAAGGUGGUGGCUAUUGAUCCUUACUCUGGUGAUCAAGUUAUUAGUCAUGAGAAAGUGUGGAAUUUCACAAUUGCAGAUAUUAGCCUGCUGGCCUUUGGGACCAGCUUUCCUCAAAUAUCAUUAGCCACCAUCGAUGCUAUACGAAACAUUGGAAGCCUCUAUGCUGGGGGUUUGGGUCCUGGAACACUAGUUGGUUCUGCUGCAUUCGACCUUUUCCCCAUCCAUGCUGUUUGUGUUGUAGUUCCUAAAGCUGGAGAGCUGAAAAAGAUUGCUGAUAUAGGAGUCUGGCUGGUUGAGCUCUUUUGGUCUUUCUGGGCAUAUAUUUGGUUAUAUAUAAUUCUAGAGGUGUGGACACCAAACGUGAUUACACUAUGGGAGGCCUUAUUGACAGUACUACAAUACGGGUUACUGCUGAUACAUGCUUAUGCUCAGGACAAGCAGUGGCCCUACUUUUCUCUUCCUUUGCCAAGAAGCAAGAGACCAGAGGACUGGGUGCCAGCUGAGCCUGUUGCAUGCAAGCUUGAUAGUGGUCCCUGUGAUGAGUAUUCUGAAAUACUUCAUGUUGGCGAAGAUGAAAACAGAGGCGUUGUUGAUAUUUUCUCCAUACAUUCAGAGACAGGAAAUGGUAUAGUUCCAGUGUAUCAAAAAGUCUCUGGAAAUGACGAAACUCCUGAGUCAUCUAAUAAAGAUUGUCAAGAGAAAAUGGUUUCAGAAGAUCAUCCAGUUUUUAUACUUUGGAGGCAACAAUUUGUAGACGCAGUCAAGCUCGAAAGCACAGAAUCAAGAAAACUGAACAACUUCUAUUUGCGACUGGCAAGAAUUUUCUGGCAAUUACUUCUUGCUCCCUGGAGACUAUUAUUUGCAUUUGUUCCUCCUUAUAACAUUGCUCAUGGCUGGGUUGCCUUCAUUUGUUCCUUAAUUUUCAUCAGUGCGAUAGCUUACAUUGUAACACAACUCACUGAUCUCAUAAGUUGUGUCACAGGAAUAAAUCCUUAUGUCAUAGCAUUUACCGCAUUAGCAAGUGGAACUUCGUGGCCAGAUUUAGUUGCAAGUAAGAUUGCUGCUGAACGUCAGUUGACAGCUGACUCUGCCAUUGCAAACAUCACUUGCAGCAAUUCGGUGAAUAUAUAUGUUGGAAUCGGUUUUCCAUGGCUGAUCAACACAGCAUACAAUUAUUUUGUAUAUAAAGAACCACUGCGGAUUGAGAAUGCAGCGGGUCUUAGCUUCUCAUUGCUUGUAUUUUUCGCAACCUCAGUAGGCUGCAUUUCAGUUCUGGUAAUUAGGCGUCUAACAUUGGGUGCAGAGCUUGGAGGGCCAAAGCUUUGGGCAUGGAUUACCUUUGUGUUUUUCAUGUUGCUUUGGAUAAUUUUUGUUGUGCUGUCUUCUCUCAAAGUUUCUGGCAUCAUAUAAGAGAUUUUUUUUUUUCAUACCUUCAAUUUUUUGUACCGCAAUAUUGUUUCUGGUGUUUCUUUACCCUCUUCGAUUAGUUAUGAUUGAGUGAAAGUAGAAUGUAAACAAAAACCCUUACAGUGUAGCAUUGUUGUAUCACUUGUAUGAUUACAAAUGUAUUAUGCUGUUCAAGCCAUGUUAUCAAUUGUACCCACCCCCUUCAUCUUCCUAGUCUUAUGAUACUGUUUGGAUUGUAGAAACAAACUUAUAAUGUUUCUUAGUUUGAUAAUACAGAAUAUACAUAGCUUGAUGGUGUU